AUGUCGGAUUCGAAAGUGCUUGAAGGAAAAGUGAACGUUAAAGUAGAAAAGAAUAACAGCGAACAAGAAGGUAGUUCGCCUACAAUCGUCAUGUCAAAACCGAUGUUUGGACAUCUGGAACCUUUUGUGGUAGGUGAAAAAUUCGAUGAGUAUGUCAGCCGUCUCGAACAGUUUUUCCUAGUCAAUGAUGUACCAGCGGCAAAAAAAGUUCCCACACUAGUGACUAUGGCUGGUCCUAGUCUGUAUUCAAUCGCCGCAAGAAUUUGUUCGCCAGAUGACCCGUGCACGAAACCGUAUAAUGAACUGAUUCAACUCUUGACAACACAUUUGGCUCCAACCGUCAACGUUGUGGCUGAACGGUAUAAGUUUCGGAAAUGUGAGCAAUCAUCAGGACAGUCUAUUUCGGAUUUCAUCAUCACGCUCAAAGCUCAAUCACAUUCAUGCAGUUUUGCUGCAUUUCUGCAAGAGGCCCUGCGCGAUCAGUUUGUUGCCGGAGUCCAGAACUCAAACCUGCGGACAAAACUGCUCACAGAAGUCGAUCUCACGUUCGAGAAAGCAUGCAACAUUGCCCGCAGUUGGGAAGCUGUCGAACACGAGUCAAAAGUAAUGCAAGGUACGUCAAAGCUUGCAAUGCUGCACCGGAAACCACAAAAGAAACCGCAGAAACCAUUCCGGAUACAGGAGAAGCCGAAACAACAGUCGAAACCAACUAUGAAAAAUGAGGUUAAGAACACGUGUUUCCGUUGUGGAAGAUCACACAAUCCAGAAUCGUGUCCGGCUAAGCAGUGGACUUGCUACGCAUGUGGCAAAGCAGGCCACGUGUCAACCAUGUGUCGUUCAACGAAGGAACAGAAAGCAACUAGUCAGAAUCGUGUAGCAGAGAUGUCGGAGGCAGCGGAAAAUUGGAAGUUAAAUUUAAUGUCGGAAAUCGUCGAGUCGGUAAGGGAACCUGAAACCAGCCUUGCAACUCCGGAAAUUCUGAGGGAUAGCUCGAGGAACGGAGUGCACCAAUUGGAUGUGCCAGCCCACCUGCAGUUAGAAAUCGAAGGAACAGUGGUGAAAUUUGAGGUGGACACUGGAGCGUGUGAUACGGUAAUAUCCAGGGAUACUUAUAGCGAAAAGUUAAGUCAUGUGAAGUUGCAGCAAUCUUGCAAGUGUUUUCAAACGGUGACUGGUCAAAACAUUCGUCCGGAAGGUGAAAUUAAAGUACAGGUUAAGGCUAGAAAUGGUGAAAUGGUUUCACUACCGAUUUUCGUAAUUCAACCGGAAGAGGGCAGAACCAUCACACAUCUGCUUGGUCGCUCUGGUCUGGAUGUCCUUAUCCCGGAAUGGAGAAAAAUGGUAAGUCUAGAUUUUUCAUCCAUCAGCACGAUUCAGCCAAGUCUUCAGUCGGAACUUCAGAAAAAAUUUCCUUUUGUCUUUUCUGGAGAUCUCAAUCAAACCAUUGAAGGGUUUACUGUCGAUAUUGCUUUGAAACCAAAUGCAAUGCCAAUUUUCCACAAACCGUAUACUAUUCCAUUUCGUUUUCGGGAAAAUGUCGAUCAAGAGCUUGAUCGAAUGAUUAAAAGUGAAAUUUUAGUUCCCGUCCGUUCAUCGUCUUGGGCAAGUCCUAUAGUUGUUACUCCCAAAAAGGAUGGUUCUGUUCGAAUAUGCCUUGAUGGCAAGGCUACAUUAAAUCGAUACCUAUCAUCUGAGCAUUACCCACUUCCUCUGAUAGAUGAUAUUCUAGCCAGUCUGGCAGACUUUAAGGUAUUUUGCAAGAUAGAUCUCACCGGGGCGUAUUUGCAGGUUAAACUAUCGGAACUUUCACAGGAAUUUUGUACGGUGAACACUCAUCGAGGAUUGUUCAGGUACACCCGAAUGCCUUUCGGUAUAAGUUCCGCACCUUCAUUGUUUCAGUCCAUAAUUGAUCAAAUCCUGGUUGGAACGGGAGCCGUGCCUUAUUUAGAUGAUAUUGUGGUAGGAGGUAGAACUCCACAAGAAUGCAAAAAGAGACUUUUUGACGUUUUAGAGCGAUUAAACCGCUACAAAGUGCAAAUAAAUAUGGAAAAAUCUAGAUUUUUUGAAGACGAGAUCGAGCAUCUUGGCUUCCUGUUAACCACUGAUGGAAUCAGUCCAAGUCCGUCUAAAGUAGAAGCAGUUCUAAAUGCCCCAGCUCCUCGAGAUGAAACCAACAGUAUGGGGCGAACAAAUACUCAAGAGGUGACAAGGUCUUGUACCGAAAUCAUCUUGAUGAUUCUGUUCGAUGGAUUCCUGCGUCCGGAGUGCCAAGCAUCCGAGGAACCCGCCCCUGGACCUUCGAAGGAAGGACAGCAACUGCAACAGCCGGUUACCAAAAAGAAAAGCCAGAAAAAGAAAAAAUCUGAAAAAAGCGAAAUCAAAGCGAUUCCAUUUCACCGAAACUUCGUAGAUCAAAACGCCUUAAAGAUCAAGCUUCGCGACGAUAGAGAAAUUUACGGAUGUUUUUAUCUACUACCAAGUGAAAGCUUUUACGAGACGAGAGCAUAUUUACCGUCGAUCCCGUAUACAAUUUCAGAACCAACAGUAAGCUCACUUACGGUAAAAUACAUGGCCAACGAUUACAAAAAUGUGUUCUCAUCAAAGCAUCCCGCUAGUACUAUGGUGUUUAGGUUUCGGAUGGCAAAAAUGUACCUGGUGUUCAUUCCAGAAGGCGACUAA